UGUGCCAUGAGAGUGUAAAGUCACGCGGGACUGUGACUUUUCUGAUGUUUGAUAUCAUGCCAGUGUGAAGGAGCCCUCAGCAUAAGUUCCACAAUCAACAAACAUCAUCAUGUGGAGAAUUAUUCCACCUGUGAUACCUUUGAAGAAUUUACACCAAGUUGUCCUAAGGAGCAGUGUUAAUACUGUCAAACUGUAUCAUGCAAAGAGUGGAUGUUUUGGUUACAGGCCUGCUCCUCAAAUAAUCCACGCAGAGAGUGAAGAGGAGUUGCAGAAUAGAAUCAAGAAUGCCAAUAUUCUCAGACUAGUAAAUGCUUACAGAGAACAUGGGCAUAAAUUUGCAGAUGUAAAUCCUUUGAAGGCAAAAAACAGAGAUUUUCAAAGUGUUUUAAAGAACUCCAAGGAAUUUUCCUUGGAAAAUUUCGGUUUGGAUAAUGUGGAUGUAAAUAGAUCUUUCAAGUUAUCAGGGUUGUUAUGUUAUAAUGGUCAAGAGGAAGCCACUCUCUCAGAAAUUCUUACACAUUUGGAAAAAGUUUAUUGUGGGCAGCUAUCGGCAGAAAUACACCAUAUUGAAGAUGAGUCAGAGAAGCUUUGGUUGGCUCAGCUGAUUGAAAAGAGUGUUCUGUAUUGGACACUAGAAAAUGAAUCUAAAAGACAGACCUAUUUAGCAAAGCUGUUGUUGAAAUCUGAGGCAUUUGACAAUUUUCUUGCCAAAAAAUUCCCAACAGUCAAGAGAUAUGGAGCUGAAGGAGCAGAGAGCAUGAUGGCAUUUUUUGAUGAACUUUUUCUUCAGUCUUCUUACAGUAAAAUCCAAGAGUUAGUCUUAGGCAUACCACAUAGAGGCCGACUCAACCUUCUAACUGGUCUUCUGAAAUAUCCCACAGCCCAACUGUUCCACAAGAUAAAAGGAAAUUCUGAGCUUCCUCCAGGAGCACAGGGCAUUGGUGAUGUCCUCUCUCAUCUGUACACUUCUGUGGAUCUUGAGGAUUAUGAUUUGCGAGUGACCAUGUUACCAAACCCAUCACACUUGGAAGCUGUCAAUCCUGUGACGGCUGGUAAGGCAAGGGGUCGGCAGCUUACAUUAAAGGAUGGUUGCUUUAGCAAUCUUGCGGACAGUCCACUGGGUGAUAAGGUGCUCAGUGUAAUGGUUCAUGGAGAUGCUUCAUUCUCUGCUCAGGGUAUUGUAGCAGAGACAUUUUGCCUGGCAAACCUACCACAUUACAGUGUUGGUGGCACAAUCCAUUUGAUUGUUAAUAACCAGCUUGGCUUCACUACCCCUGGGGAGAGAGGAAGGUCUUCUAGAUACAGCAGUGAUGUUGGUAAAAUGAUUGGAUGUCCUGUACUUCAUGUUAAUGGAGCUAAUCCCGAGGAAGUGGUCCGAGCUUGUCGCUUGGCUUUUGAAUACAGAAGGAAGUACAGAAAGGAUGUUAUCGUUGACAUGCUCUGUUACAGACGAUGGGGUCACAAUGAGAUUGAUGAUCCAUCUUUCACACAACCGGUCAUGUACCAAGAAAUAGAGAGUCGUCCUAGCGUGCCCGUGCUCUAUGCCAAUAGUUUAGAGCAGAAGGGCGUGGCUGCGAUCGGAAGCGAGGGUGACAGUCAAUAUACCGAUUUUCUUAAUGAUCAAUUGAAGCGUUCAGAUAACUUUAUUCCUCAAACGAGUCACCUUGAGGGACACUGGAAAGGCUUUGUUCAGGCCAGUCCAGAUAAAAUUACUACUUGGGACACAGGGUUUCCCCUGGAAGGCUUGCUCUUUGUUGGAGCGAAGUCUGUCGAAACACCCGACUCCUUUAACAUUCACCCGCACCUGAAAAAGACUCACGCGGAGGCCAGGAUAAAAAAACUAGAAAGUGGCGCCGGAAUUGACUGGGCUACUGCAGAAGCUCUCGCCAUCGGAAGUCUUCUUCAUCAAGGGUAUCACGUGCGCUUUAGCGGGCAAGAUGUCGGAAGAGGAACAUUUAGCCACAGACACACGAUGCUGGUCGAUCAACAAACAGACGAGAUGUUUGUACCACUGAAUAAUAUGUCCGAACAACAGAAAGGAUUCCUUGAGGUGGUCAACAGUCCUUUGUCAGAAGAAGCUUGUCUCGGUUUUGAAUAUGGCAUGAGUAUUGAGAACCCAAAUCACUUGAUCAUCUGGGAAGCGCAGUUCGGAGAUUUCUUCAACGGCGCGCAGAUUAUCAUCGACACAUUCAUAUCAGGAGGAGAGGCAAAGUGGUUGCUUCAGAGUGGUCUGGUGAUGUUACUGCCUCAUGGCUAUGAUGGUGCAGGACCUGAACAUUCUUCUUGUAGAGUAGAGAGAUUCCUUCAGAUGACAGACAGUCGAGAAGAUGGAGUGGACGGCGACUGUGUGAACAUGCAAAUAGUGAACCCAACCACGCCUGCGCAGUACUUCCACUUACUACGUCAGCAAAUGGUCCGCAACUUCCGGAAACCACUGAUUGUCGUUGGACCGAAGUUGUUAUUAAGACUUCCGGCUGCGGUAUCGACCCUUCAAGAAAUGGGCCCAGGAACACAUUUUAGACCGGUGCUUGGAGAUGCCAGUGUAAAUAGCGCUUCAGUGCGCCGUGUUGUGUUCUGUUCUGGAAAGCAUUAUUACGCUUUAGCCAAGCAAAGAGAGGCGACCAACAGCUUAGAUACAGCCAUUAUAAGACUGGAGUCGUUAUGCCCGUUUCCUGCUGAAAUGAUUCGUCAAGAGCUGAAGAAGUUUCCUCAAGCGAAAGAAUUUGUUUGGAGUCAAGAGGAGCAAAGGAAUAUGGGAGCCUGGAGUUUCGUAUCACCGCGAUUUGAGAAUAUUGUGGGAGUUAAGCUCAAGUAUAGUGGUCGAAGAGUUCUGGCUGUUCCUGCAGUUGGCAUUGGAAAGCUGCAUUCGCAAGAAGUAACCGACAUUUUGAGUGGCACGUUCCCAAAUAAAGACAAUUAACCAUAAUGCUUGGCGCUACAGUUGAAGAUAGUCCUAAAUCAUCCUGUCUCUUCCCUUGACAAAUGUCUUAUGGCACCAUGCUGGAACUUAAGUCUCCCUGCCUGGGCUAAAUCUGAAGAGAAGUCUGACGUUUUUCUAAGGAAAUUUAUGGAAAAGCAAGGGAGACUGAGUAACGUCCUACAAAUGAGGAAUUUAUUUGUACCGCGACUAACUUAUUACUUCAGGUUGUAAAGAAACCGCUCUUAAAAAAUAACAUUUACAACUUGUAAGUUGUCAAAGAAGACUUAAAUCUGCUCUAAGCAUCAAAGCUAAAGUUUGGUUUGACAAAAAGUAAAUAUUUUAAUUAUUUUACAUAUUUAUCAUUCCGCUCUCAAGAUAUGAAAGUUAAGGCUCUUAUCUAAUACCAUAUUUAAAACUGCAUUAAAAUCUCAAAUACUGUCGAAAUUGUCCCUGCGGACUCCUCCGUAAUAAGGAGACUUUUCUCCUUCCUGUCGGUGUCCCUACUAGAGAGGUUCGACUGUAGAAUAAACAAAAAAUCAGUUGAAAAUCGAAGAGUCGACAGAUCUCUAUUUAAGUUUUAUUUAUCACUGGUUAAAACCGGAAAACUUGAACUUUGAAAUCGAUGGAGAGGAUUGAACUGAAAUCUAAAUAUUCUUCUUAAUUAAAUAAUUCUUCCAAUCCUGCUCUUGUAUACGUCUUGCAAUAAAACGUAAUUAAACCAAGGGA